AUGUAUCGUCAAUUGUUUCGUCAUAUUACUUCUUUAACAAUCAAACCAACGACUGGUUUAUUUCAAUCAAUUUCACAACGAACACAUCAUUGUAAUCCAUUUCCAGCAAUAUCAAAGCAAGCACCUGAAUUCAAAGGGCAAGCAGUAAUUAAUGGUCAUUUCAAAGAAAUUCAACUGUCGGAUUAUAAAGGAAAAUAUGUUGUACUUUUUUUCUAUCCAUUGGAUUUUACAUUUGUCUGUCCAACAGAACUUGUUGCUUUUAAUGAAAAAUUAGAUGAAUUUCGUCAACUUGAUACUGAAGUUAUUGGUUGUAGUACUGAUUCAAUAUACAGUCAUCUUGCUUGGAUAAAUACGCCGAGAAAACAAGGUGGUCUUGGCGGACUUAAAUAUCCAUUAUUAAGUGAUUUUUCAAAAGAAAUUUCACGACGUUAUGGUGUUCUACUUGAAGCUAAUGGUGGUAUCGCAUUACGUGGUUUAUUCAUUAUUGACCGAGACCAGACUUUAAGACAGAUAACUGUCAAUGAUUUACCAGUAGGUCGAUCAGUUGAUGAAGUUCUCCGUCUUGUAAAAGCGUUUCAAUUUGUUGAAAAACAUGGUGAAGUAUGUCCAGCUAAUUGGAACGAUAAAACCAAUCCAAAUACAAUCAAACCUGAUCCCGUAAACUCGAAAGAAUAUUUUGAAAAACAAAAAUAA